CUCAGACGCGAUGACAGUCGAGGCGAACGCGUGAGCGCAUCCCACAGGUGUGCUGCUGCUGCUGCUUAAUGAGCCGCGGCUCUCGGAGACCCUCGGAAACGCGCGCGCGCGCACACACACACACGAACACACACACACCUGGAAAUGACCACGUGACUCGGUACCUGGGCGUGGAGAAAGUCGCUGAUAUCCUACCCGGAGAGUCUUUUGUUGAGGAGUUGCUCGGGUCGCCUUUUUAACGGGAAUGGACUUAUCGGCAAUUUAAGUAACGUUACCCUGUGUUUUCUACGGAAUAGUGCCUUUGCCCCCCCCCUCACUGGACGUGUGGGGUGAGUAACAUGUGAACUUGAUUCCGGACUCUUUUUUUUUUUUUUUGUUGCUAUUUCACCAGCGGGCUCUUCAAUUUUGGGACUUUCCGCGUUUGUGCAACUACUCUCUCCGCUGUUUUUUUCCUCCAAGAGCCCGGGCCCUUAAUGAAGCUGGGGGUCAACAGCAGUGUGCGGCUAAUUGGGCAAGUUUGCCUGGGGCUCCGGCUGCCUGUGAUUGAAGUGUCCAGCGAGGGCCCACUGUGCAGCCGCCGCUGCACCCCGCUCUGUUCCACUCCAACAGCCAAGACGCUCACAGCACCCCUGUCUGCCUCUCCCUAAGAUGGCAAGCUGGGUCUCCCUCCUCCUCUUUCUCUUCUGCCAUCCAGUCUCUCAAGCCCAGGAGGAAAGCGGCGUGGCGGAGUUCACCUCCGAGACCUCCAUCAACAAUGUGGUCCAGGACCCGCAGACCGGUCGCAUCUACCUGGGGGCGGUCAACGCCGUCUACCAGCUGGGGCCGUCCCUCCGCCGGGAGGCCCGCGCCGAGACGGGCCCCAAGGAGGACGCCCGGACCUGCACGCCGCCCGCCUCGGCCUGCCAGGACACCAAGCCCAUGCCCAACCUCAACAAGCUCCUGCUGGUGCACCCGUCCAACGGCUCGCUGGUCGUCUGCGGCAGCCGCUACCGCGGCAUCUGCUCCCUCCUCAACCUGACCAACGUGGAGGAGCAGCUGUACUACAGCGACAACAAAGGGGAGAGGACGUACGUGGCCAGCAUAGAGGACAACGUCAACGUGGUGGGCGUCAUGUCCAACUACUCGAAAGACGGCCACUCCUUCGGCGUGUUCCUGGUGGGGAAGGGCUACGGGAGCCUGGACAGCACCAAGCUCAUCAGCACGCGGAUCCUCCAGGACUACCGGGAGUGGGUCGUGUUCGAGAGCAUCAUCGAGGCGUCGACGGUGCAGACGACGCCGUUCGUCCCCAAGUACCUGCACGACUUCCGCCACGCCUUCAAAGCGGACGGCUUCGUCUACUUCCUCUUUUCGCGGACGCGCGACGGCACGGACAACAAGAACCUGACCUUCGUGUCGCGCCUCUGCGAGGACGACCACCACUACUACUCGCACACGGAGCUGCAGUUGGCCUGCGGCAAGGCGAACCGCUUCAACAGAGUUCAGGCCGCGUACGUGGCCUCUCCGGGGAAGGAGCUGGCGCGGGUCAUGACCGAAUCGGGGACGUAUGGGAAGGUCUUCCCGUGGAGCAAGGUUCUCUUCGUGGUGGCGAGUCCGGACGACGACGCCCACGACUCGGCUCUCUGCAUGUACCCGCUCAACGCCAUCAACGAGCGCCUGGUGGAGAUCAUCGGCGCCUGCUAUAGCGACUCUGGGAAAAUUAACGGGUCCCCCGCCGUGGACAUCCCCUACUUCUCUAAAACGGACUGCACGUCGACAAUUCCGAAGGAAACGUUGGAAAACUACAAGUGUGGUGGAGAUUUUCUGCCUUCCCCUCUGGCCAGCAGUCCCCAAUUUGCCCUAGCUGCAGAGGAGGUUUGGAGCAAGCCAGGCCUGCUGACCGCUGUGGCCGUCACCGUGGAGAAUGAUCACACUAUCGCCUUCCUGGGGAACACCCAGGGAGAGGUCUUCAAGGUACACCUGAGCGAGACGGCACACCAGUACGGCAAGGCUGCUGGCGACGCCAUUGGAGAGAAGGUCAACAAGAACCUCUUCUUCGAUCUCGGUCAAAGCCACCUCUACAUUACCACAGAGAAGAAGAUCACCAAGGUGCCGGUGCAGACGUGCCUCCAGAAGACUGACUGCCAAUCAUGUGUGGCACUGAAGGACCCUUACUGCGGCUGGUGUGUCCUGGAGGGCAGGUGCACCAGGAGGUCUGAGUGCCGCCGGGCGGGGGAGAAGAAUGGCUGGCUGUGGAGCCCCAAGCAGCAGUGUGUCAAGAUCGUCUCCUUCGCCCCCCCAAACCUUUCUUUUAAAAAGACUCAGGAGGUGAAAAUCAACAUCCCCUCCCUUCCUGCCAUUGGGCUUUCUGACCGUUUGCUGUGCUCCAUCAAGUCGUUUGACAGUGAAGGCACCAUAUCUGACUCUGGUCAGGUCUCCUGCCACCUACCUCACCCUUCACUUAUACCACCCACACCUGAGGACCAAGACUUUGUGGCCGUGGCCAUCAGGAUCUUCGUCAACGAGACUGUGGAGCUGGCGUCGCGCGACUUCAAUUUCUACAACUGUGCUGCCACAGUGAAGAAAUCCGAAAACACGCCGUGCAUGUCAUGUGUGGCCAGUUCGUGGGGCUGCCAGUACAACACAAUAGACUACACCUGCAGCGACACGGACGACGGCGUGGUGGGGGACAACAUCAUCAAAUACCGCCAGGGAGCAAAGUGUCCUCAGUUUGAGAACCCAGAUCCUGUGUUGAUCCCCGUGGGCUACAAGACUCGCAUCAGCUUCGAGGGGAAAAAUUUGGACGUCUACCAGGGUCAUGAUUUCACAAUCGGUACUGAACUAAUGAGAAACGCGGAGGAGGAGAUAAAGUUUGAGGGGGGGUCGUUCUACACCUUCAGCGGCUUCAAUUUUUCUUACGACAAGUCACCAGACACCAACGUCCUCUUCUACGUGAAGCACAAAGAGUUGGGCAAGAAGAUCGACAGCACACUCAACGUCACCCUUUACGCUUGCUCCAAGGGCAGGGAGGACUGUAGUCUCUGCAAGAACGCGGAUCCAAAGUACCGGUGCGUGUGGUGUGCCAGGCAGAGGGCGUGUGUGUACGAGAAGCUGUGCAACCAGGACCAGCAAGGGUCCGAGGAUCCUCAGGACGCCGAGUGCCCCGCCCCUCAGAUCACCGACAUCAUCCCUCGAUUCGGCCCCCUGAAGGGAGGGAUCUCCAUCACCAUCCGCGGCUCCAACCUCGGCAUCCACAAGGAAGACAUUAAAAGCAUCAGCGUGGUUGGGCAGCCGUGUAUCCAUCAGAAGGAGAAGUACUCCGUUUCCACCAGUGUGGUGUGUGAGAUCGGCCCUGUUGGUCCCAACAAUGCUAAACAGGGCAAGGUGGAGGUGGAGGUGAAGGGAGAUAAGAAGGGAACCUCAUCCGUGGACUUCACUUACAGGGACCCGAUUCCGGAGAACGUGAAACCCUUUAGAGGUCCGAAAGUUGGGGGAACCCUCAUUACUAUUUCCGGACAAUUUCUGGACACCGGCAGUAAGGACGAUGUCGAGGUUACUGUCGGGGUUGAGCGGUGCACUGUGUUGAGCUUCGGACGAGAGAUCACCUGCAAGACGGGAGAAUACCGAUCAGAUAAGGUGCCCUCUGAACCUCUCGACGUAACAGUGAGGUACGGAAAGACCACAACAACCAUCCCAAGGGCCUUCCUCUUUCUGGAAAACCCCGUCGUUCUAGACCACCAACCCAGAGCGAGCUUUUUCUGUGGAGGGAGGAACAUUGUGGUGUCUGGCUCCGGCUUUGACCUAAUCCAGACCGCAUUCCUCAAGGUCGAAGCAGACAAUUCAACAUCCUUAGAGAAAGCCCACGAGAAGAACGACACGGUCAUCCAGUUCCGGUCUCCGAGAGUAAACGGCUCCCUGAGCCAGCCCUUUAAAACCUUCAUCCUGCUCGACAACUUGGAGAAGAAGCUGAGCCCGUUCGACUACCACCCCGACCCCACCUUCGACGAGCUGGCCAAUAAGGUCAUCACGGAGGCCAGCAUCAUCAUCGUCACCGGUCGGGGAUUCUCCAAAGCGAUGACGAACAAAGAGGCUCAAGCGUUUGUGGGCGACGUCCCCUGUCUGGUCAACGCGCUUCAGGACGAGAAGCUGUUCCUGGACCCGCCUUCCACCGCACCCAGCGCUCGCUCCCGGCGGCACCGCAGAGACACUCGCUCCGAACUGCUGGAUUUAACGAUCAAGUUUGGGAACGGGGAGUGGGUGGUCGGCUUGGUGCAAUACGAGAAGAAGAAUGAUUUGCCGCUCUACAUCAUCGUCCCCGCUGUCAUCGUGCCCAUGCUGCUCAUCAUUGCUAUCUCUGUCUACUGCUACAGGAGAAAGAGUCAGCAGGCAGAGAGGGAGUAUGAGAAGGUGAAACACCAGCUUGAGAAUCUGGAGGAGAGCGUACGUGACCGCUGCAAGAAAGAAUUCACAGACCUGAUGAUCGAGAUGGAGGACCACACCAACGAACUGAGCGAGGGUCGGAUCCCCUUCCUGGACUACAAGACCUACACCGACCGCGUCUUCUUCCUCCCCUCCAAGGACGGCGCCAACGACGUGAUGAUCACGGGAAAGCUCGACAUCCCCGAGGCUCGCCGCGCCGUAGUCACUCAGGCUCUCAACCAGUUCUCCAACCUCCUGAACUCGAAGACCUUCCUCAUCAAUUUUAUCCGCACCCUGGAGCGCAGUAACGACUUCAACGCCAGGGCAAAGGGGUACUUUGCAUCCCUGCUGACGGUGGCUCUGCACGGCAAGCUGGAAUACUACACCGACAUCAUGAGGACGCUGCUGCUGGAGAUGAUCGGGGAAUACGUCCAGAGCAAGAACCCCAAGCUCAUGUUGCGCAGGUCGGAGACGGUGGUGGAAAGGAUGCUAUGUAACUGGAUGUCUAUCUGCCUUUACCAGUUUUUAAAGGACUCCGCAGGAGAACCCUUGUACAAACUGUUCCGAGCCAUCAAGCACCAGAUCGAGAAAGGACCCGUGGACGCCAGAGUGAAGAAAGCCAAGUACACCCUCAACGACACGGGCCUGUUGGGCGACGACGUAGAGUACUCCGUCCUGACCCUGCAGGUGCUGGUGCACGGCGAGGGUGCGGAUGUGACGCCUGUCAAGGUGCUGAGCUGCGACACCGUCUCGCAGGUGAAAGAGAAGAUCAUCGAGCAGGUGUACAGGAACCUGCCGUACUCCCAGCGGCCAAAGGUCGACAGUGUCGCGCUGGAGUGGCGCCCGGGCUCAACGGGGCAGAUUUUGUCGGAUCUGGACUUGACCUCCCAGAAAGAGGGCAGAUGGAAACGCAUCAACACUCUGGCUCACUACAACGUACGAGAUAACGCCACAUUAGUCUUGUCCAAAGUGUUCCCCAUUCAUCAGAACUAUGACCAGAACCAGGAAAACCACGAAGAGCGAAAUGCUCUGUUAGAAGAUGACAAGGUCUUUCACUUGGUGAGGCCCGCAGACGAACUGGAUGAGAUCAAAUCCAAACGAGGGAGCAUAAAGGACAAGUCGAUGACCAAAGCAAUCACAGAGAUCUACUUAACGCGACUCCUUUCUGUCAAGGGAACACUGCAGCAGUUUGUGGAUGACUUCUUCCGCAGCGUGCUGUGCUCUGGGGCAGUGGUUCCACCGGCUAUCAAAUACUUCUUUGACUUCCUGGAUGAGCAGGCACUGAAACACAACAAUGUGGAUGAGGAGACCAUCCAUAUCUGGAAGACUAAUAGUCUUCCUCUGCGCUUCUGGGUGAACAUCCUCAAGAAUCCCCACUUCACCUUUGAUGUCCACGUGUCUGAAGUGGUGGACGCCUCGCUCUCCGUCAUCGCCCAGACCUUCAUGGACGCCUGCACCAAGAGCGAGCACAAACUCAGCCGCGACUCUCCAAGUAACAAACUACUCUAUGCAAAGGAGAUCUCCACCUACAAGAAGAUGGUGGAUGAUUACUACAAGGGCAUCAGGCAGAUGGUUCCUGUCAGUGAUCAGGACAUGAACACUCAUCUGGCAGAGGUGUCACGGUCUCACACAGACAAACUGAACACACAAGUGGCUCUCCAUCAGCUCUAUCAAUACGCCAGCAAAUACUAUGAUGGGAUCAUCGCUUCCCUGGAAGAGGACCCAGCUGCCCAGAGUAAACAGCUGUCCUUGCGGCUCCAGCAGAUAGCAGCCGCCCUGGAAAACAAAGUGACUGAUCUCUAACCCACGAGUGGAGGAGGAGGGGGGGGGGGGG